GCAGAAUACUUCCAGGUCAAAUGUCCAUGCGACUUUCAACAAUACACAUACUGUCCAACUUAUAAACCCGGUGAUGAAACUAAAGUACAAGGCUGUAGAUGGAGCGCUUGGUCAAAAUGGACUUCAUACAGCACAUGUUCUGUAUCAUGUGGAAGUGGUUUCAAGUCUAAGAUACGUAGUAGGACUAAACAAUUCAGUAAUGCAUAUACUGGCAGUUGUGAAGGAAAGUCUGUAGAGACAUCUACAUUUGGAUGUUCCAAUCCUCCAGGCCCAGGUUGUAACGGACCUCUAGGGUGUAAGUGGAGCCCUUGGAUGUGGAGCGGAUACACCGAAUGUUCAGUAACGUGUUGUACUGGGACAAAAAGUAGAGUCCGCACCAGGGUCAGAUUACCAGCAGCCUCGGGCAGAUGUUUAGGCAACUCACAAGAGACCUUUACCGAAAAAUGUGACAACCCUUGUGGCUGUACAUACAACCGACGAUUUUAUGCAGAGGGAAUCUCAUUCCCGUCAACUGAUAGAUGCAACAAGUGUAUGUGCAAAUGCGGAAACGUUCUCUGCACUGAGAAAUUAUGCUGUACGUACAAGGGGCGAUUUUAUGCGGAAGGAAGCUCAAUCCCAUCAACUGAUGAAUGCAACACGUGUUCGUGUAGAGGCGGAAAGGUUGUCUGCACAAAGAAACAAUGUGGUUGUAGAUGGAACAGGUGGAGUCGUUGGAGUUCAUACA